CCUUAUUUCUGAGGUGUCUCUGGGUGGAAUCCAACCUUUCUGCUUAGAAGCCAAGUGUGUUAAUGGUUUGCACACCCUGGAACUGCAAGUGCUUCUUAGUGUUCUUUAAUUGAAAUGAAUUUUUCCUAAAAGUAGGGUAUUUCUUAUUGUAUGUGUUUCUCUCAUAGAGGGGGGUGAUAGUUUGCUCUUUCUAUGAACUCGUUAUCAUAAAAUGUCCUUGCCAUUUUAACAUUCUUUAGCAUAGCAUCUCUAAAGUGGUUGGGUACAGAAAAAAGUGAAUAGCACAGAAAACAAUGAGGGAAAAGUUUUGAGAAAUACAGUGGUUGGGUUUGCUGUAACUGAGUAAUAUUGCUGAAAAGUACUGGGAUAUUAGAUACACAAGUGUGAACACAUGAGUUUGUGGGCUUUACUUCUGAGUUUCUUGAAUUCAAAAUACAGAUACAAUACCGGGUGGCUGUUUACCUGUUUCCUUUUUCACAGUAUUCUUUUUCCAAAAGCUGUCAUAAGUACAUGGAGCCACAGAAUCUAACAGAUGUCUCAGAAUUCCUCCUCUUGGGCCUCUCUGAGGAUCCAGGACUGCAGCCCCUCCUCUUUGGGCUGUUCCUGUCCAUGUACCUGAUCACUGUGACUGGGAAUCUGCUCAUCAUCCUGACUGUCACCUCUGACUCCCAUUUCCACACCCCCAUGUACUUCUUCGUCUCCAACCUGUCCUUGGCUGACAUUGGUUUAAUUUCCACCACAGUCCCAAAGAUGCUAGUGAACAUCAAGACUCAGAGCAAAUCCAUCACCUAUGAGGGCUGCCUGAUACAAAUGACCUUUUUUUACCUCUUUGGAUGUCUGGACGAUCUGCUCCUCACUGUGAUGGCUUAUGACCGGUUUGUGGCCAUCUGUCACCCACUGCACUACACAGUCAUCAUGAACCCUCGCCACUGUGGCUUGCUAGUUUUGGUGUCCUUUUUCAUCAGCCUUUUUGACUUCCAGGUGCACAUUUCAAUGGUGUCGCAACUUAACUUCUGCACAGAUGUGGAAAUCCCUCAUUUCUUCUGUGACCCUACUCAACUCUUUAGCCUUGCAUGUUCUGACACCUCCAUCAGUAUCAUAUUAGUGUAUUGUAUUGGUGUCAUCUUUGGUGGUGUUCCAUUCUCAGGGAUCCUUUUCUCUUACAGUCGAAUUGUUUCCUCCAUUCUGAGAGUCUCAUCUUCAGGUGGGAAGUAUAAAGCCUUUUCCACCUGUGCCUCUCACCUGUCAGUCGUUUGCUUAUUUUAUGGAACAGGCCUUGGAGUGUACCUCAGUUCAGCUGUCUCAUCUUCUCCCAGGAAGUAUGCAGUGUCCUCAGUGAUGUACACUGUGGUGACCCCCAUGCUGAACCCCUUCAUCUACAGCCUGAGGAACAGGGACAUCAAGAGGGCCCUGUUGAGGCUCCUUAGCAGAACAGCCUAAUAUCAACACUCGUGCUAUCUUUUUGGCGUGUGGGUUGGAAAAAUGGUAAAACCUGACAUCUGCAACCAUAAAUCUUGCCUCUUGGUUAUGUAUUUUUUGUAGCUAUCAGAGGUUUCUGUGUCUAGAUUUCAUAUCUGACCAUUGCUUCCUUUGUAACAUGCUUAUUGGGUUAGUGGAAUUAUUCUGGGAUAUGUUAGUCUGCAUGAUCAAAUCCCAUUGCAGCUAUGAAGCCAUCUGUAGCUUCUCUUCUAUGACCCAGGAUUUCUGAUAUAAUGCACCAAUCUGUUUUUAUGUACUUGUAAUCUUCAUCCUUUACCGUAAUUCAUAUGUAUUACCCAGACUACU